GGGAAAAGUCAUUUCCGGGUACCAGUCCACCCCACGUGAUGAAUCCCGCUGCUGUGAUUGGCCGAGAGGGUCCAUAUGUUUAAGUAGGACAAAGGUUCGAUCCAAUUCUUCUGCGGGUCUGAGACAGUUACGACACAUAAACAUGCUGCUCAACAAGGUUCUCAAAGCCAGCGUACGGUCUGGAAUCCGGCUGCAGAGCUCCAGUGCUGCCGCAGCAUCUCACAGCAGCCAAUCAGCAUCCCUCGGCUUCUCAUUUGAGCUGACAGACCAGCAAAAGGAGUUCCAACAGCUGGCGAGGAGGUUUGCACGUGAAGAGAUCGUCCCUGCUGCACCUGCUUAUGACAGGAGUGGUGAAUAUCCUAUUCCCAUCAUCAAGAAAGCAUGGGAGCUCGGUCUGAUGAACGGUCACAUCCCACAGGAAUAUGGUGGAAUGGGCUUAUCAAUCUUUGACAACUGUCUUAUCACAGAAGAGUUGGCUUAUGGCUGCACAGGAGUACAGACUGCUAUCGAAGCAAACUCUCUGGGACAAAUGCCUGUUAUUUUAGCUGGCAGUGAAGCACAGAAGAGUAAAUACCUGGGAAGGAUGGCGGAGGAGCCUCUUAUGUGUGCGUACUGUGUGACAGAGCCCGGGGCGGGCUCUGAUGUGGCCGGCCUCAAGACCAAAGCUGUGAAAAUGGGCGAUGAGUAUGUUGUUAAUGGGCAGAAGAUGUGGAUCACCAAUGGUGGGAAAGCUAACUGGUACUUCCUCCUGGCCCGCACUAACCUAGAUCCCAAAUGUCCAACAGGCAAGGCUUUUACUGGCUUCAUUGUGGAUGCUGACACUCCAGGAAUUCAAAUAGGAAGGAAGGAGAUGAACAUGGGCCAGAGGUGCUCUGAUACCAGAGGCAUCACCUUUGAGGAUGUGAGGAUACCGAAGGAGAACGUCCUGAUCGCAGAGGGAUCUGGAUUCAAGAUUGCCAUGGGUGCCUUUGACAACACAAGGCCACCAGUGGCAGCAGGAGCUACAGGCCUGGCACAGAGGGCCCUUGAAGAAGCUACCAAUUAUGCACUGGAGAGGAAGACCUUUGGCAAACUUAUUGCUGAGCACCAGGCCGUGUCCUUCCUCCUGGCUGAGAUGGCGAUGAAAGUCGAGCUGGCCAGGAUGGCGUACCAGCGGUCCGCCUGGGAAGUGGACCAGGGCCGCAGAAACACCUACUACGCCUCCAUCGCUAAGGCCUUUGCUGGGGACAUCGCCAAUCAGGUGGCAUCUGAUGCUGUUCAGGUAUUUGGAGGCAACGGCUUCAACAGUGAAUACCCGGUGGAGAAGCUGAUGAGAGACGCCAAGAUCUACCAGAUCUAUGAGGGCACAGCUCAAAUCCAAAGACUCAUUAUUGCCCGAGAACACCUGGGAAGAUACAAGAAAUGAACUCUGCACAUCUGACUCGUCCUCAUUCAAAUGUACUUUGUUGUAACAUUUCUCCACGUAUUACAUGUGUUCCUGGAAAUAGAUUUGCUUACUUAUACUCAGGAUAGAGUUGAAAAUUGUUGUUUGCCUUAACAACACUUCAUCCGGCCUUGUUUUUUUCAGACUGAUCCAGACCCUAAAUUGGUAGUCAGCAGUCCACCUUUCUAAUCAGAGAGCAUCAAAACCCGUCCACAAUACCUGUCCCAUUUUUAAAAGGGUUUUCCAAAUGCAGUUCAGAAAUGUGGCCUUAAUCUGUGACUUGAUGAGUUGAGGGUCACCAUAUUCAGGCAAAAGAUCGCAUGACGUUGUCCUGUCAGGUUCCAGCCUCUGUAGAUUGUAAAAAAAAAUAAUUUCAAAUUAAAAAGAAAUAAAAAAUGUGGACAUAUUUGACUUUAUAAGUUGUCAUGGGCAGCCCAAACAUGCACCGUUAGUUAAGCUUUUUUUUGUGAGACUAGAUCGGUUCAUUUUGGGAAGGAGGAGCAUGUUCAGCCUGACCUUCAGCCUUACACUGUGUGUGUGUUGCAGCUCAGAUAUGUCAUACAGCAGAACCAAUUUAAUCUUGAUCUGUACAAAUCACCUGAAUGUGUUAGAAACAGAGGUAUUUAUGUCUAAUGAUUUAACAACUGUAAAAAUGCAUGCUCUCUGAAAAUGUUUUUCCGUCUGAUUUAGAAAUUACCUCAAAUAUAGAGAGACAUCAGCUUCACGCUUGAUCUCGGAGACCUCCGCAGAAAGUAUGGAUGUAAUAUGUUCAGUAGGCUGCGGUUAAGUUGUCACUGUAACACAUACCACUUUUUGACAACACUCAUGACUUAUUGGUUAAUAAAUCUAAAGUUUUUAAAUCUGUAUAUCAUCAAUUUAUUAAAUUAUUCCAUUCAAUCUAGAA